AUGCUCAAUUCCCUUUACAUCCGGCACCAGGAUUUGAAGGAAGCUGCUGCCCUUGAACGCCGUCGCCAGUAUGAGGAAGCCCGCAAACAGCGGAUCUUCAACGCUCGACGGCGAGUCAUUGGGAUUGAUGCGACGGCUUUGGAGCACCAAGUGAAGGAGAAACAAGAGAUCGAGCAGGAUGCUCUGGAACGUCAGCGGAAGUUCGAAGAGGAACAACGACGGCAGAACCGGUUUGUGCAGCAGAAGAACCGCGAACAGCAGCUGCUUCGCCACCAGCUGGAUAAUGAAGUGAACCGAUUUCGAGCGUUGUAUCAACGACCGGAGCAAUCUCGCGACUUUGAUCUGUUCGAUCCGGACGGAUUGAAGAAGUCUCUGCCGGCGCGGAUGGGCGAUGACGAUCCGCGCCUUUCGGUGUCUGGUGCGCAGAUAUUCGACGGAGAAGAUCUAACCGAACAGGACCGGAAGCGCAUUCAGAAGCAGCAGCAACGGUCGUGGUUGGAGCAGCAGAUCCGCGAUAAGCGACAGGCCGAACAGGACCGUAUUGCGGCGGAGAAGUUCCUGGAGCAGGCACUGGAAGCUCGGGAGCAGAAGGUUCGUCGGUUGGCUGCAGAAGAGCGGAACAUUCGGCACAAGAUUCAGGAGAAUGUCGAUCAGUACAACCGACAGCUGAGGCAGCAACAGGAGUACGAGCGACAGCAGAAGAAGCAGGAGGAGGAGGAAGAUAACAUGGCUGAGAUAUAUAACAACCUGACCAGCGAUAUGCUGACGGAAAACCCGGAGGUAGCCGUGAGCAACCUGGGACCGAAUCGCAUCAUACCCUACGCGUACAAAGGAAUGAGCGAGGCAGAACUGGAGCAAAUCAGGAUAGGACAAAUGCAGCAAAAGGAAGAGCUUGAACGUCGCCGCCAGGAGGAACAGAACAAUAAGGAAGCCUGGGACCAGUUGGCCAGCGACUUUGACCGGACGGUGGUUCUGAAGGACCGGGAGUUGAAUUGUCGGCGCCAUCAGCUGGCCGAGCAAAUCCGGCGCGAAAAUGUACAACUUUCGGAUGAACAGCAGCGCAAACUGAGCCACUUGGACCAGGUGGUGUACCAAAAUCGACCGACCAUGGCCUACUUUGAGCAGUUCAAUACAACCAGUCGAUAGGAGGGGGGAGGAACAGAUAGAUGGCUUUCUUUCACGACUCUAUUGGAGGCACGUGUGUGGUGUGUUUUGUGAGGUUUGGUCAAUAAUUUAUCGCA